GAAAAUCGUUAUAGGAUGGAAUGGGGAGGGACGCCUUCCCUCAGCCGACCCCCGCCAUCCCGGGGCGGGGCAGGGCGGGGCGUGCCGGGGGGCGGGCAGUGGUGGGUGUCCAAGGAAACCGAGCGCACGCCGAGCCCGCCUCCUUCCCGCCGGGCCGCCGCCGCCAUGAUGAUGCUGGGCCGCGGGCUGGACGCCAGGGACAAUCAAACUAGACAAAUACAAGAUGCUGUUUCAAAUGUGGAAAAACAUUUUGGCGAAUUGUGCCAAAUAUUUGCUGGAUAUGUACGUAAAACUGCCAGACUACGAGACAAAGCAGAUCUUCUAGUAAAUGAAAUAUAUGCAUAUGCAGCCACAGAGACACCAAACUUAAAAGUUGGACUGAAAAACUUUGCAGAUGAAUUUUCCAGACUUCAGGAUUAUCGCCAGGCAGAGGUUGACAGGCUUGAAGCCAAAGUUGUUGAACCUCUGAAAAGUUAUGGGACUAUAGUGAAACUGAAAAGGGAUGAUCUUAAAGCAACGUUAACGGCAAAGAAUCGAGAAGCCAAGCAAUUAUCUCAGCUGGAGAAGACACGUCAGCGGAAUCCAUCAGAUCGACACAUUAUUUCACAGGCUGAAAGUGAAUUGCAGAGAGCUUCACUGGAUGCAACGCGAACAACCCGGCAGUUAGAGGAAACCAUUGAUAAUUUUGAGAAGCAGAAAAUAAAGGACAUAAAAAACAUAUUUUCUGAAUUUAUAACUAUUGAAAUGUUAUUCCAUGGGAAAGCUUUAGAGAUUUAUACUGCUGCCUACCAAAAUAUCCAAAAUAUUGAUGAAAAUGAAGAUUUAGAGGUUUUUCGGAGUUCACUUUAUCCCCCAGACUAUCAGUCUCGCUUAGACAUAGUUCGUGCAAAUUCAAAGUCCCCUCUGCAAAGAACUGGCUCCUUAAGAUCUUCACUGAAGACAGUACAGUCAGAGUUUCCAGAUCCCAGUUUGGAUUCUGUACCACAUCCUGAUUCAGACUAGUGAUACCUCCUAGCAGCAAAGCAAAACUAUGACCAACACUCCGAAGCUUCAGAGCAGAUGAGGUAAAGGAAGAUGACAAAAAUUAGUGAAAAAGCUGGACCAAGUGUCACUGCUUCUGAACUGCUACCUUGCAAAAAUCUUUUACUCUUGUUUGCAACACUGAACUUGCAAAUAUCAUCACUAAAUGACUAUUUUUUUUAUUAUUAUUAUUGCUAAACUGAUUCUUAGCAGUGUUUCAGUUACAGGGAUGGCCAAAUUUAAAAUGUAUGCAUCCCACCUUUCCUCUUUGGAUAGCCAUGCACUGGUAGUGUAACACUGGGAAGUUUUCAUGAUUGCAUACUCUGCAUUACCCCUUCUCUGCUCUCAAAACUUAAAGGAUCGUUACAGUUGAGUUACUCUGUUGAUGAAAGCGGGAGUUGUGCUAUUUGAAAAGAUGAAAGAAAGCCCUAUUCCAGGGCAUGAUGACUAACUUUGACUUUAAUUAGGCUAUCCUUCCUCUUUCAAACAAGUAAAUUUCAGGUUCAAGUUAUUUCAGAAAUUAUUUAGCCAUUCCUUUUUAAAGACCAGAGAAAGCCAUCAAAAAUCCAUUGCCACAAUCCUUGAGAAUUCCCUGCAGUGCCAUAAAACUUUAUCAAUGUUGUGGAAGUAUUUGUAACUUCAGGUGAAACAGCUUUAUGUUUGAACUGUAUUGAGUAAAACAGAAAUCUGAAUAUAUAUCAUGGUCAGAGAUGGCAGUCUCUGUUUUGACUAACUUGCAAGUUUACCUUUUCUCCCCAACCUCUCCGUUGCCUAUGUAUUUUAGCUUUUAAUGUUCUCUUAUUAUGCUUGUAUCUGAGCGGAAUGGAAAGUCACCUAGACCUAGAGGGGGAAAUAAUGCCAUCCUACUCUGUUACACGGUGUAUCCAGAGGAGGAUCAUACAGCCAAAAAAUAAAAACCAAAAAACAACCAAAAAGUGGAAUACGUUACUUAACGCAGUCACUAGAGAGCAGUAAAGAGACACAGACAUCCCAUUCAGUACCCUCCAAAUUUUGAUCCUGUAAAUACUGUUUGCAUCAGCUUCUUGAAUUGCAUUAGGGGCUACAGUCUCUUAAAACCACCAGACAUCUCGCUAGCAAACCAUGCUGCUUUCAGGAAAACCUUCAGGUGUGUGCCGUGAUCUUUCUGUAGAUCUUUCCCUCCUAAAGUUUUCACAGCUGUUUGAUUUCAUGCAUCACAGUAAUCUUUUACUGACCACAAGUUUGGAAUUUUCAAUUUAAAGCAACAUAAAUACUACUAGUUUGCAGAACAGCACAAAUGCUGUAGGGAGGGGAAAAAAAGUCACUUCAUAUCAGGUGGGAUGAAUUUUGCCUAUAAUAAUACAGUAUUUGUUUUUCAGAGUGUUUAGCUUACAGCAUCCUAGAAUUAAUUUCUGGUUCUGCAGCUGGUUUUCUGUGGUUAUUUCUACAUUGAAAGUCUGAAGUGAUCCUUAAGCAUAUAGCUUAAGGAUGGUGAUAGCCAUCCUAUGAUUCAUUCUAUGUUAUGCACCUGCCCAACAGGGCAGCAACACAUCUAAACCGUUGUUAAAAGUGUACACAGCAAGGUGUUUAAUGCUGUAUGUGACUAGCAAGGAGAAAAAGCCAAAAUUAGCAGGAAAUGGAAAGCAGAAGCAUUUACUCUGCUUGUUUUGAUUUGAGCUUUCUAUAGCAUCUGAAUUUCUUAAGGCUUAAUUUUCCAAGGUUGUUUUUUUUUAGCCUAUGGAAACAAAGCUACCUUAAGAGGCUCAAUUUGUAGCACUCCUCUAUCUCUGAUGACAAAUUGGCAUUGUUGUCUUUCUUCUUUCACAGAACGAAAGACUGCUAUUUUAGGCAUUUAGACUCAACACUGUAUGAUCUAAUGAUUAACUCAAAUUUCCUGUUACAUUCAGAAAUUUGGAACCAAGUAUUUGCAUAAACCCAGAUGAUGUAUUUUUAACGGGUCAACACAACUGAGCAUUCUUCUGCUUUCACUGAUUUGAUAAUUACUUUAUGCACACACAAAAAGCUUCUGUUACAUACACAGCUGUGCAAACUAUGAAAUUUCAGAAGUCAGAAUUUAAGAACCAGCUUUUAAAAUAGGGUGUUGGGGAAAAAAAAAGUUUUGUCUUCAGUACUGGAGUUAAAAAGUUUGUAUAUACAACUGCAUGUGAGAAAAUUAAGGAAACAAUGGAGCAGCAGCUGCUCUCAGGGAACUGCUGAAACUAGAAUCAUUUUCAGAAACAUUCCAGAUGACACAGACAGGUGGACAGCUGUCUUUAUUGAAUUAAAUAUUCCUUUUUUUUGGAGGGGGGGAGGAACAAACACCUGCAUUCUACCUUAAAUUUCAAAUACUCCAUAUUUUGUGCAGAAUCUGUCUUCAACAGGAAUUAGAUUGAGUUCUCAUUAGAAAAAGAAUUAUUGAUGGCAGAAUCUUAAAUCAUUUGGAUGAGCGAGCAUGGGGAAAAACGUUCAUAUGUGAAUCAAGAAUUUUAGUAAAGCAUUUAACUUGUCAGAAACAUCACAGAGCAGCACAGUUCUGAGUUUCUCAGUUGACUGAAAGGGUUUGAUGUCUUCAAGAUAAGAUUAUGCCCUAACACUCACCUUCAGCCUGCUGUCUAGGCAGCCAGCCUAGCAAAGAACUGACUAAAGAAUCAGCAGUAUUUAAUAUUAAUUCAAUCAAUCACUAGUUUUCCUUAUCGUAAAAGUAGCUCUUGAGACGAUGGGAAUGUUAAGCUUUUAAAAUUCAUAUGCUAUUUUUCUAUUUUGUGCCUUGUUAUCUUUCUGAUGGCAUUGUGCGUUUUGCUGUAAGUUGCAGGAUUAAGGGAUAAACACCGCUAUCAGUAAAACCACCAUACAAGUACUUUAAGUGCCAACAGAGAAGUUUUUUUCUAUGAUUAAAAACAUACUAAUGUUGCAUUU